ACCCCCCGGAAGCCCCUCCCGGCGACGGCGGGGCGGCGGCGGUGGCGGCAUGGCCGGUGGACGGGGCGCACGCUGAGCGGAGCGGCGGGGAGGAAUGGCGGCGGUGCGGGCGCUUCUGGUGUUGGCUGUGGGGACUCGGGCAAUGAUCCUUUUCACCAAGGAGCCGUACUCCCAGGAUGCCCUGCACGGCCGCAGUGCCAUUCUCCGCUGCGAGGUGGAGGAUCCAGCAGAUGUGGAGUUUGAAUGGCUGCAGAACGGGCUCCCCGUCCGGGACACGGAGCAGCGCUUCAAGGAAGGCAGCAACCUCCAGUUCGCCGCCGUCGAUCGGCACCGGGAUGCCGGGGAUUUCCAGUGCGUGGCGAGGAACUUGCUCACCGGGGAGGAGGCUCGCACAACCAACGCAUCUUUCAAUAUCAAGUGCCGCUUGCAUCUUCUGAUGUCCCCAAGGCUGUCGGAGAUGCUUUCUCCUGCCACCUUCCCCAUUUGUAUAUAUGAAACGGGGAUGUUACUGCACCAAGUGUGUCCUGAGCACUGCAGAUCCUUUCAGAGCCCCUCUUAUCCCUCAGAGAACAGCUACACGGGGCAACGUGGGGUGUUUGCAGGGAUUGAGACAGGCAGCGUGGUGCUGAAGCAGCCGGCCAGCGUAGCUGAGAUCCAGCCCUCCUCCGCAGUGGUGCUGCGGUGUCACAUCGACGGCCACCCGCGCCCCACGUGGCAGUGGUUUCGGGACGGUACGCCUCUCCCCAAUGGCCGCAGCACCUAUUCCGUCAGCAACAAGGAGCGGACGCUGACCCUGCAGAGUGCCAGCCCCGACGACAACGGUCUCUACUACUGCUGUGCCCGCAGUGCCGUCGGCUUCGUCUGCAGCCAGAACAACUUCACGCUGAAUAUCAUCGACGAGAGCUUUCCUCAGGCGGUGAUCGUCCCACAGGACCUCAUCGUGACCAAGAACGAAGAGGCCAUGUUUGACUGCCAGUUCGCGGCCGUGCCCCCUCCCACGCAGGAGUGGCUCUUCGAAGACAGCCCCAUCACCAACAGAUCCAAGACCACCGUGUUCGCCAACGGCUCCCUGCUGAUCACCCAGGUGAGGGCUCGCAGCACCGGCGUCUAUAAGUGCGUUGGCCGUGGGCAGAGGGGGAAAGCUCUGGUGCUGAAGGCGACUCUGCGGCUAGCAGAGAUCGAAGAAAUGGCACCCUUCUCCCCGAAGGUGUUGACGGCGAACCAGGGGCACCGCGUGGCCUGCGUUGCCCCCCGAGGAGUACCCACGCCCCAAGUGUGGUGGGAGAGGAACCAGGAACGAGUUCCCACUGCUGGCAGGGUGCACCAAGAGGCAGAGCAGCUCGUUUUCACCAGUAUCACCGAGGCGGAUGCGGGGACCUACACGUGCCACGCUGCCAACAAGGCUGGAGAGAAGAAGCAGGAACUGAGCAUCACUGUGGCUACGGUACCCAAAUGGGUGGAGAUGCCCAAGGACAGCCAGCUGGAGGAGAGCAAGCCAGGAUACCUGCACUGCCUCAGCAAGGCCUCCCUGAAACCCACCGUCACCUGGUACCGCAACGGCGUCUCCAUCUCUGAGGACUCACGGUUUGAGAUCUCCGAGAACGGGACGCUGCGCAUCAACAACGUGGAGGUGUACGAUGGGACCAUGUACAAGUGCGUGAGCAGCACGCCGGCAGGCAGCAUCGAGGGAUACGCACGGGUGCACGUGCUAGAGAAGCUGAAGUUCACCCCGCCGCCCCAGCCGCUGCAGUGCAUGGAGUUUGAUAAGGAGGUUACAGUUUCCUGCUCAGCCACUGGCCGGGAAAAACCCACCAUCCAGUGGACUAAAACAGACGGGAGCAGCCUGCCGUCCCACGUCAGUCACAAUGCCGGCAUCUUGUCCUUCCACAAGGUGAGCAGGAGCGACUCGGGGAACUACACGUGCAUCGCCUCCAACAGCCCGCAAGGCGAGAUCCGUGCCACCGUGCAGCUCGUGGUCGCAGUUUACGUCACCUUCAAGCUAGAGCCAGAGCCCACGACGGUGUACCAGGGGCACACAGCCAUGUUCCAGUGCCAGGCAGAGGGGGACCCCGUGCCGCACAUCCAGUGGAAAGGGAAGGACAAGAUUUUGGAUCCCGGCAAGCUGCUGCCCAGGAUUCAGAUCAUGCCCAACGGCUCCCUGGUGAUUUACGACGUCACCACCGAGGACUCGGGAAAAUACACCUGUAUCGCCGGCAACAGCUGCAACAUCAAGCACCGCGAGGCCUUCCUAUACGUCGUAGACAAGCCGGCAGCAGAAGAGGAUGAGGGACCUGGCAGCCACACACCCUACAAGAUGAUCCAGACCAUUGGGCUUUCGGUGGGGGCGGCUGUUGCCUACAUCAUUAUUGUGCUGGGGCUGAUGUUCUACUGUAAGAAGCGGAGAAAAGCCAAGAGGCUGAAGAAGCACCCGGAGGGCGAGGAGCCUGAAAUGGAGUGUCUGAAUGGUGGUACUUUGCUGCAGAAUGGGCAGAUGACAGCAGAGAUCCAGGAAGAAGUGGCCUUGACCAACCUGGGCAGCAGCUCUGGGGCCAGCAAGCGACACAGCGCUGCCGACAAGAUGCACUUUCCGCGUUCCAACCUGCAGACAAUCACAACCCUGGGCAGGGGGGAGUUCGGUGAAGUGUUCCUGGCCAAGGCAAAAGGUGCAGAGGAUGGCGAGGGUGAAGCACUGGUCCUGGUGAAGAGCUUGCAGACGAGGGAUGAGCAGCUGCAGCUGGAUUUCCGAAGAGAGGCCGAGAUGUUUGGCAAGCUGAACCACUCCAACGUGGUGCGGCUGCUGGGGCUGUGCCGUGAGGCAGAGCCGCACUACAUGGUCCUGGAGUAUGUGGACUUGGGGGACCUGAAGCAGUUCCUGAGGAUCUCCAAGAGCAAGGAUGAGUCUCUGAAGCCGCAGCCCCUCACUACCAAACAUAAGGUGUCUCUCUGCACACAGGUGGCCCUGGGCAUGGAGCAUCUUUCCAACGGCAGGUUCGUGCACCGGGAUUUGGCAGCCAGGAACUGCCUGGUCAGUGCCCAGCGGCAGGUCAAGGUGUCAUCCCUGAGCCUCAGCAAAGACGUGUACAACAGCGAGUACUACCACUUUCGCCAAGCCUGGAUCCCGCUGCGCUGGAUGCCACCCGAAGCCGUGCUGGAGGACGAGUUCUCCACCAAGUCAGACGUGUGGUCCUUCGGGGUGCUCAUGUGGGAGGUCUUCACGCACGGGGAGAUGCCCUACACCCCGCUGGCAGAUGAUGAGGUCCUAGCAGGUCUGCAGUCGGGAAAGACGAAGCUCCCGCAGCCCGAGGGUUGCCCAUCCCGCCUCGCCAAGCUGAUGCAGCGCUGUUGGGCCCCCAGCCCUAAGGAUCGACCCUCCUUCAGCGAGCUCGCCACCGCCCUUGGGGACAGCCCGGCCGACAGCAAAGCCUGAGCAUCCCGGCCCUUGCCGGGGAAGGACGCGGCGCGGGGGCGGACGGGGGUCUGUAGGUGCCCGGGGACCCCCCCCCCGGCGCUCCUUGCGGCCCCUUUGCUGAGCCCGACCCCGACGCGCCAGCGAGCAGCUCGGCACCAGCGGCUGCUGGACUCGAAGCACAAGCCAGUGUACCCCAGUCCCGUCCCCCCCCCCGCCGCCCCUCUCCUCCACGGGUCCCAAAAGACAGCCCUCGCUGCCUCUUGCUCUCCGCCUGCCCAGCCCGGCGCCCUCGGGCCGCUGGCGUGGAUGGAGCGCAGCUCUUCUCCCCCCCCCCGCUCCCAGUAAAGAGCUGGGCUCCAGCACCAGGCUCUCCAUCCCCGCUCGCCACACGCAUAUCUGCUGGCCUGGCCCGGCCACUCUCUCCGUCCGUCUGUGCUAGGCAUGCCUGGCUCUCCCGCGCCCCACGGGUACAGGCCAGCCAGCAGGAACACAAAAGUGCCUGGCAUAUGAAGGAGCUCACUACCUUUCCCAACUACCCUGUGCCUUUUUUUUUUUUUUUUUUUUUGUACAACGACUCUGGGCAGUACCCCCUCUCUCCCUCUUCCAGAGUGCCGACUCCUCCCUAACAUAGUAUUUCUGUUACUGGAAUGCAGCCUAGAGUGGGUUAGUUUGUUUGCUUGAGCGGAGGGUACCGCAGCCAAGAAGGGUUGGGUUUUGUUGGGUUUUUAUGUGCUGCUCUCAAUAAAGAAGGCUUUUUUUUUGUU